AUGGGAGCUUAUUUAUCAGAACCGAUUACCCAAAAAGAUAUUGACUAUAGCAACUAAUCUCCAAACUAUGAAUACUGCGCAGCCUCUAUGUAAGGAUGGCGUGUAGAAAUGGAAGAUACUCAUAUAGCAAAUACUGAUAUAGAUGGCUAAAAGAAUGCUUUGUUCGCGGUUUUUGAUGGUCAUGGUGGUGCUGAAAUAUCCAAAUAUUAAUAUAAAGAAGCAUUAACAUAAGCUUUUUUAAAAAUGGACGAUUUAAUCAGGAGCUAACUUCCUGACGCAAUAGCCGGAUGUACAGCAAACGUCAUUUUAAUUAUCGAAAAAAAAAACAUAUAUUGUGCUAAUUGUGGAGAUUCAAGGACAGUUAUUUCUAAAGGAGGAACUGCUUUACCUUUAAGUAUAGAUCAUAAACCUGAUGAUGAAAUAGAAUUGAAAAGAAUUAAUAAUGCAGGAGGAUAAGUUCUUAAUGGAAGAGUUAAUGGAAAUUUAAAUCUUUCAAGAGCUAUUGGAGAUAUGGAUUAUAAAAUUAAUGAAAUAAAUAAAAACUGUGAUCCUAAAGAUUAUAUGAUUAGUGCUUUUCCUGAUGUUUAAGUAUAAGAAAUUACAAAUGACAUUAAUUUAAUUGUUAUGGGAUGUGAUGGUAUUUGGGAAUGUAAAGAUAAUUAAUAUAUUAUUGAAUAUUUUUCUAAAUAAGAAGAUUUAUAGUAAUAAUCUUAGGAUUUCUUGGACGAAAUUAUAUCUAAAAACUAAGACGGAGCUUCUAUUGGAAUGGAUAAUAUGACAUUGAUUGUUAUUAGAAUUAAAUGA